AGCCCGUAAAAAUCAAAUCUGGAGCUUUUCUGUUCUUACACCCUUCAAACCCGUUAAAACUCUUCCGUCGCCGAUCCCGUAUAAUUCCCUUUCAUCCACCGUGUUCCCGACCGAACUGAUAAAUCGGGUUCUUGGCUACUUGUUCUUGAUCAAUCCCAUCGGCAAAUUCUUGUUAUCGCCCUGGACAAAGUCAAGCAACACGAGGCCAAUCAGUUUGGCUGUUGUGGGCGACCAAAGAAAAAAAAAUAUCCACUGUCUUGCCAGUCCUGACAAGUCCCAUACUCGAUAACCUGCCCGGUUACUGAAUCUAAAACCCGUCACUCUUUAUACCACCCCAUUCACCGAAACAAGGCAAACAGGAAGGCCAUCAAAAUCAAUCACCCAUUUUGGUGUGUUUGAAACCUCUUGAGUCGUAGCGCGUCGACCAACCGCGAUUUGUUCUUGGGGUUUAGUCACUCUCUCCUGUACCUUACCCGAUUUACCUGGUACCUGAGGUACCUUUUUUGGGGUCCAGCUUCGCCAGACCAAGUCUUGUCCGCACUGUCCGCUCGCGAGCUGCUUGGUCUAUCAAUUCACCACCAUCAACCAACCCGCCCACCAUUUUGGCCUGGUUGCCAUUCACCCCUUCAUCAACUACCCCCAAGUUUCCUCAGCAGCAGCAACUUCUUCGAGAAGUUGCUGUCGCUGUGGCCAACAUCGCCACAACGGAUCGAGUACUUUACUACCAGCAGGCGGCGCCUCCGUCACCAGCUCCAUCGACCUCUGGUCAUAUCCCCGCCCAGCAACAGCUGGCACCCCAGGCCUCGAUGAACGACCCAAACAUGUCGGCCGUGCCUCCCCCAAUGGUGGCCCCAAUGGUCUCGAGCGCGGCUUCACAACAGCCCGUUUCGAGCUGGAGCACGCCAGCACAACCGACCCAGGCGCCCUCACAACAGGGUCCCCCUCAACACGCGGCACACAACCCGCCGCCUCCUCCACCGCCGGCAACCACUCCCGUCGCGAAGACGCGGGGCCCGAACGCGACUCCCUCCACUGCGAGAUCUAUUGCGCAGUCACCCGCUCCGACACUUCAGCCACCACCCGAGGGAAUCUACAGGUCCUUCGAAGAUCUGCUCUCAGCCGUCCAACAAUUCUCCAAAGAGCAGGGCUACGGUGUAGUCAAGCUACGCGCCUCCAACUACCGUGAUGGAAAGCCUACACGCUACGAUCUAGUCUGCGAUCGUGGUGGUGUCAAAUACUCGAGCACCGCCAAGAAACGGAAUCCCUCGACGCGUAAAGUUGAUUGCCCGUGGCGUGCAAAGGCUGUGUGCGAAGUGCAAUUGAGCAACCAGUGGCGGUUUGCUGUUCAGGAAGCCCGGCACAAUCAUGAACCUCGAAUGCCCGCGGUGCUACCCGGGCAAGAGAACACUCCCAUUGCGCAGACGCUGCGCACCUUGGCCAACAAGAUUGAUCGUCUCAGUCAUGAUGUCUCUCAGGGUUUUGGGAGCAUCCAGUCCAGGAUGGACAACCUCGAGAAACGUAUGGAGAAUCUCGAGCAAAACCAGGCCAACCGCAACAUGAUGAGCGCCAUGGGUAACCCGCCUCUGGAUAGUCGUCUUACCGGUAUGGACACAAGCCGCAUGAACAACAUGGAUGCCCGCGUGGGGGCUAUGGAGAGAGCCAACAUGAUGGAUCGUACAAAUGGUAUGGACCAUAUGGGUGGCAUGGACGACGUUGAGGCUAGGCUCUUGUCAACCUCGGUCAUGUAGGCAAAGAACCAUGACGACGAGCCGUUCCGGUUGUCCAGCACGAGCCAGCGACGAAACGAUGCGUCUUCAACGAUUGCCGAAGUCAUGGCCAGUUUCGUCGAAUGGGAUGAGCACACGGGCAACCAUGAUGUGUCUGUUUCACAUCCAUCAUCCUCAUCACAUGAAGGAACAGCCCUGGGCGAGCUUCAAGAGUUUUCAUCAGCCUUCUAAGCACGGGAAACAUUUUCGCUCGCUCACAAUUGCACUCCUUGGACAGAGAGAAGAAAGAAAAGGCCGCUUCUAUUGGCCCACGACCAAAACACGAACACAAAUGGACACGAUGGUGGCAUGAAUAAAAUAUGUUUCAAUGGGUAGUUUGUAUUGGUACUUGGCAGUCAGCAGUGUGGACUGCUUCUGCCCCUGUUUUAUGGGAUCGGGUUACACUGACGGCGUUAAUGGGUCGGAUUUCUUUCCAACAAAACAAACAAGAUCAUCUUGUUCUUUGUGGCCCCAUCGGUUUAUGGGCAUCGGUUUUUUUUUUCGUUCUCAUUCUUCUCAAAUUCUUUCCCGGCAAACAGUUACAGCCCGGACGGUAUGACAUAUCUCAUGUCAUCUAUAGCUCUUAAACUUAUCAACACUUGGAAUCCUUGGCGGUUGUGACGGAAUUCUGGGGUAUUACCUUUAUGACCAGAAGGUUGGCUAUGUAGAAAGCACUGUGUCAACUUGAUAUCGAAGCUUGGUGGAAGGUGGAGGAGGAAGGGAUUUGACCAAUUUUAGACUCGCAUGCUUUUUGGACGCUUCUGCAAUUGACAGACGCGUACAGACGCGUAUUUUGCACCACCAGCCGCAACAGGUAGAAUGUAUAUGAUUAUGGCUGCUUGCCAAAAAUCUAAACAAUGCCGGCAAAAAUUUCUGCCGAGCCAUAAGAACUUACAUGUGCCUACAUUAUAGCAUUCUCAGUGAAUUAAUUGAUUUGUUC